GUCCUUGCCUACCUCAUGAAGUUUGCCCCGCAGCCGCAAGAGAGGUUUGGAAUGUCAGGCGAACGAGAUGUGCGAUACUGUGUGAUCACGAAGACGAUUUCACCGGGAUGCCUCAGAGCGAAGGCUGAGCCGUGCAGCUCAGGAGCGGCGGAGCCUCCAAGAGGCUUACGACUUCCUGCGGAGGCAGCGGCCCAUCGCCGAUCCACGGCAGGUGCCCUGUGCAGUGCCUUGGGGGCCGCCCUUCCUCUGGCCCCUCUCGAGGAGUUCCUGGAGCAGCUGGGCCGGCUCGAGUGCCAGCUCUUCGGGAAGCCCACGCCCUCGCUGCAGGCAGAGGAGGUCUUCGCCGGGCGACGGAUGUUGAACGUCGAUGGCGCCCCGAGCCCCGUGAUGCAGGAGCCAGGGCACAGCCCGGAGAUGAUGCACGAGCUGGAGGCGCUGCAGCAAGUGAUGCAGAGCCUGAACUCGCAGCUCCAGCUCAUAGGUGCAGAGGCAGAUGCUGCUGCCAAAGAGGUCGCCCAUCACAACGUGGACAGCGCAGACGGAGGAGGCGGUCACAUGGCCGAGUCCCCACGGCGCGAUGAGAACCAGACGGCUUUCGUCGCCCGGAGGUACGUCUCCAAGUUGACCUUGCCUCCAAAGCAGAUGGACGAGAAGUCCUUGCCCGAGCUCAAGCGGGAGCGAGAUGCAUGCGAGGCCCUCCUCGACUUUAUGGCAAGAACUGCGGCAGCGCUGCUGGAUCAGAGAGAUCACCUUCGCGAGCAGCUGCCUACCCAGGGCACGCUCGCCAGCGAAGGCACUCCCAGCGAGGAGGGCCUGAGAAGACCCAUCGUUUAG